AUGCCUUUGCUUUACUUCGGUCUGCUCGUUUUCGUUUCUCGCCUUCUUAAUCUCACAGCCCAGCCUGAUUUCCGAGCGUUCUAUUGUUACCUAGGAGGAGGUAACGACACAGACAAAAGUGACUACCUGGCCAACCUCAAGACCCUUCUUUCUGGUUUCACUUCCGACAACACAAACAUUGAAUACGGCUUCAUCAAUUCCUCUUACGGCCAAAACCCUGACACCGUUCACGCAUUUGGAUUCUGCAGAGGCGAUGUGAAACCAGAUUCUUGCCGCAGUUGCCUCCUCAACGCCACAAUCCUUCUCCCACGACUUUGUCCAAAUCAGAAGGAUGCAGUUGGAUACUAUGACGACUGCACGUUUCUAUACUCAUAUCGUUCAAUAUAUGGAAUAUACAACGUCUCUGAUGUGAUAUGCCCUCUGUGGAACCUGGCAAGUUCAACGACACUUACGGAUAACUACGUACAGGUACUAUUGGACAAAGUAAAGAACCAAGCACCAAUCGGGGAUUCUCAUCGUAAGUUUGCAGCAGCAAAUGAUAGUACCGGCGAAUAUAGGAAAGUGUAUGCUUUUGCUCAGUGCAGUCCAGAUCUGCCUGAGGAUUAUUGCAGGUCCUGCUUACAGGAUGUUUCCCAACGAAUCCAACUAUGCUGUGAAGGAAAGAAUGGUGGUAGGGUUCUCCAUCCGAGCUGCUAUAUUAGAUAUGAGAGCUACCUCUUCUAUGAUUACACGGCUGUUUCAGCCCAGCCAUCUCCUCCGCCAUCCAGCCCCGUGACGCCGCCGCCCCAAGUUGGAGAAGAAGGUUUUAAUCUGAGGUCCUUGCAAUUUAGCUUAGCUACAAUUGAAGCUGCAACAAAUAAGUUUUCUGAAGAGAACAAAAUAGGAAAAGGAGGAUUUGGAGAAGUUUACAAGGGCACUCUUCCUGAUGGACGAGAAGUUGCUGUCAAGAGACUCUCUAGAAGUUCAAUGCAAGGAACAUUAGAAUUCAAGAAUGAAAUUUUGCUUAUAGCCAAGCUCCAGCAUAGAAAUUUGAUUCGGACAAGCAAAGAUUAUUCAAUUGGUUUGAGCGGUUCAAGAUCAUUGGGGGAAUAG